AUGUAGCUUCACAGCUACAGAAAAAAAUUGCUGCAAAUAGCAAUAAAGCAGCAGAUUAAUGAAAGAAAAAUGGUAAAGUAAGUCAAUUAAAUCAACAUAAUGAUGAAAUAGAGAACUAACUAUAAUAAUCAGAAUCUGCUUUCAAAAAUCUAGAGGAUUUAAUACAUUUUAGAUGAUUAAAGUGAUAUAUAAAUUAGCGAAUACACAAAUAAAAGAGGGUUGCUAGAAUUAGGAUUUUAAAAAGGUAAAUUGCAAUUUUAUUAAAAAAUUUAUGAACAAACUAGAUAAAAAAAACUAAUUUAUGCUAAACAGAAUGCUUAUAGGCCAGCUUAUAAUAAAUUUUAUUCAGAUGACAACAUAUUUUACUUAAAUGAUAAAAGUAUUGAUAUUUGGUUUAGAGAUUAAUGUGAGAAAUAAGUAGAAGUUUAAUGGUAUAACAAUAGAUAGUCGAUUCAUAUUUGGGGGCUAUCAGUAAAAAAGGGAAAUCAGACCUCUAUUUCUUUGAUGAAAGAGUUAAUUCAAAAUCCUAUAUUGAGUGUAUAGAUGCUUUUAAACCACUGUCAGGCAAAAUCUAUUACUAUGAUCCAUCCUUAUUACUUUGUUCAGCAUAAUGCUCCUUCACAUAAGGCUAAAGACACAGUAGACUACUUUAAAAAAAAUAGGAAUAAAUUCAGUUGA